UUUCCAGCAAAAAGCAAAAGAAUGAUCAGUGGGAGGCUUGAACUCCCGGCCUUGGCAUUACACAACAUUUCAGGUGAAAUAUUAGUACCACGCUCUAACCAACUGAGCUAACCGACCAGUUGUUGAAAAUUCCGAGGGCUGGCUCAUACUUGAAGGUUUAGUUGGCUCGGUUCUUUGCUUCUUCUUCCUCCAUCUCGGUCUUGCCGUGCCUGCUAUCUCUUUUCGUCUUGUCCAGAGUCUUUCUGAUGAAGGCAGCUUUGGAUAGGAGCAAUCAGGCGUUUGAAUUAGGAGAUAUUGCUCUUUCUGGCACUCUGACGUCGUUGGCAACUGCUUUUCUGCGUUCCUCCAACCUACACGCCUAGCACUCACCUGCCGUUGUCUCUUCACCUUCUCACUGCAGCUGACAAGAUGGGAACUGCAAUGACUUCUCAGUCAUUUGCUGGCAAGAAGCAUCGGGUGCAUACAAGUCUGGCCUUGCCCACAAGCUUGCAUGAUCUCAAGUCCCCGUUCCUGUGAGAACCCAUUUCUUGACCACAACAUCGUCUUCAAUUCAUCUGACAACCCACAGCAUCGACAUCACCCACGUCACCACUCGCAUCACCAACACUGCCAGGGAUUUCUAUCAUCGUCCGAGGCACGCACUGAACUUUCAUCCCGGUCUCCACUCCAUCAUUCUCUUUAGGUAUCCUUUCUUCGACGACUUUCGAGUCCUCAGAUCCGUGGCUUGACUCCGUCAUGACGACCCAGCCCGGCCAGCGUCAGCUGUUGUACAGCCAUGGCCAUGGCUACCAUGCGGUGCAACAGCUGCCAGCUUCUCAAAGGCUUCCAAUCGAGAUAUUGCUUGAUAUCUACUCGCUAUUGGAUCCAUACGACUUCAAUUCCUCACGGCACACCUGCCGCUCCUGGUUGGUAGCCGGCAUGAAUGAGGCUAUUCUUGACUGCAUGUUGUCGAGGGGCGGAUGGGCUUCGAGCAUCAAUAGCAUCCUCGGCUUUCAAGCUUCCAGCAACGCGGACAAGCCGGUGUCAAGUCGAGCGUCUGUCAUGUCCAAAUGGCUCGCGAGAGAAUGCACUCUCGGCCCGCGUCACAACGGGAGCGAGCCUGCCUUUGUCGAAAUCGGCCAGACGCACUUCAUCGGCGGUUCUCCGACAUCUACCAGCGACAAACGAAACAUUGUCUACACCGCAAGUAUGUGCGGUCGAUACUUGAUGGUCACCCACGGAUGCACCAUCCUGAAGGAGCUCUCGAAGUAUCGCAAGGGUCGCAAGGGUCAACUUCGACUUAUCACUACCAUUACCUGCGGAUCUCCUGUACUUGCCUGCGCCAUGGACACGACGUGGGCACGCAACCAUGUUGCUGUGCUCGUCCGAGGCCGUCUUGGCCUUGUCUUCGAAAUCCAAGGGUUACCCGUAUUGCCCAUCAAGUACUCAACCCAAAACAAGAUGUGUAACUGUGGGACACAGCAAGUAUCGCACUCCCUGCCUUUGCAGGCAAAACUACAAUCUACCCACUACAACGUGGGCACGGCCGACUGUCCUCCUCGCUCCGUCGCCAUUUGCCCUCAUCGUUCUUACGUCGCCUUUGGUAGCUCUUCGGCAAUCGAGAUACAUAACAGAAGUGCAAAGCAAAAUGUCCGCCGCUUUGCCUUAUCCACACCCAGCGACUACAUCUAUUUUCUUCCUCCGGGUGACGCAAACGACCCAAGACGCAAACUUCGCCUGAUCAGCUCCGCGUCAAUCUCAGACUGCCACGCCGGCUCGCUGCAAGACGUAUUGGGUGGUCUUGGCCUCAAUGAAAUCGACUUUUCCCCCCAAGUCCCGGUUAUCAUCUCACGACUUGAGACGUCUGAACUAGAGGAAGACGCUUCGAACGUCUAUACCAUCAUGGAGCAGCAGUUGUCCGCCUCCCUCGGUCCCUUUGCCAACCAACGAUGUCAGUGGACAAGGACGGAAAGAGUCCUCCCAAGGCCUAGAUUAUCCACUGCCGACAACUAUCGAGCCGUGCCCUUGAGCGACGGGUCUCACAUCCUCCUUACAGACCCCAAGACUAGGUACCUGAGCCUGGUUUGCGAUGAUCCCAAAUGGUCGAGGGCCGGCAUUGUGACCAAGGUGAAGUUUUGUCCACCAGCGGCAGCAUGCGAAAGUGCGCCACUCAUGUACGCCGUUGGGAGGGACUUGGUACAUGGUGUGAGAAUUGCUGCCGUUUUCCCGACGACACGGUGGACGGAAGGAGAAGGGUUCCAACCAGGGGAGCAGAUUCUUGCUUUCUACACCAUCCCACCAGAUAUGUUCCGAGAUCUCUCAAGCACUAACAGCCUCCUGAGUUUGGUCGACAGCCAAGGGGAACAUCAAUGGGCUCAUUGGUGGCCGACAUUGCAGCAUUCAGUUCAACAAUUUCUCAAAGCCAAGAACGGCGGUUUGAGCAGCAAGGACAAGCGGAACCCAAGGCCAAAGUAUCCAGUUGAUGUCUAUGGUCAAGUCGUUGCCGUUUGCUCCGGCAUCGUCGACCUUUCGAUGGGAUCAGGCCCCAAUAUGAUGAUCUGGGCAUUCGGAAGAGAGGGUUUGGCUCGUUGCUGGGCAUUGAACACUGGGAAUACCAGGCUCGUGCGAAGGCAUGCGAUCUUGGGUGACGGAAGCAUGCGAAAGGUGGACGGCGAUGGGGAUUUGACAAUGUUGUAG